AUGUCUCUGAUUUAUGUUUACGUUUAUAACGCAGAUGGACAUUGCUCCUACCCUAAUGAUACACUCGCACCCUCAGAGCUGACCCGCUCGAACUAUCAGCAAAGUGUUCAAGAAAUGCGUCAAAUCUGGCAUAGGAUGAAAUGUGGCAAUGAGACACCUACAUCUAUUGGCAAAGACUGUUGUAUCUCUUGGUGUGAGCAGUUGACUUCUUUUUUCAGUCAGGCGUCUUCUUGGAAAGAUCACUGUUUUAAAAUGUGGGGAUGCAGAAAAAAUGAAAAAACUCGCAUGAAGUUUUCUAUGAUAUUGACAAAUACAACCGACUCGUCGUAUUUGGGCAGAAUCCAAGUGAAACAGUGCUGGAAACUGGAGUUUCCUGCCAUCAAGCUAACACCAUCAAGCGAGUCCCCAGGAAGGAAACUUGUUGACACCAUUCUAAAAGAAGUGACCAGCUCUUUUGGAAAUAAAGUAACUCAAGAAAAAAUGGAACGCACUUUCCUCACUGUCACUGAUUUGGAGGAGUUCAUUGGGAAUUAUGCUCAAAAUCGCCUUAAUCAAACCGUACCUAAGAUUGAGAUCCGUGGUAAACAUGCAGAUAUUUUGGUCAGGAAGAUUUUCCACAAAAAUGAGACUGGAGUACAAUUUGAGGAUGAUAAAGGAAAAAACUAUGUCAGCCUCCCAGUUGCAGGCUUGGAUAAAGGAUCAGUUGUACUUUGUGUCAUUUACAAAGAUCUCCAUGAAGUAUUUCAAACAGGCCAGACUGACUCUGCUUCUGUUAAUAAAACCAGGAAAUGUGUAUUCUUCGACUUAACUACACUGUACAGCACCCUGGUAACUGUGAGGAAUUUUUCCCCUGAGAGUGGCGGUUGA